AUGACUAUUGGAGAGAAGGAAAAGUUGAUAGUUCCUGUAGAGGAAGUUCAAGUCGAUUUAAUUGACAUGCAGUCACAAGCAGAUGAUCAAUAUAAAUUCAUACUUGUAUACCAAGACCAUCUUACUAAAUUUAUUCAACUUCGACCUCUUAAAAGCAAAAGAGCAGAAGAAGUAGCUUAUGUGCUUUUGGAUAUUUUUUCAAUUUUUGGUGCGCCCAGUAUUUUGCAAAGUGAUAAUGGGAGAGAAUUUGCUAACAGUACUAUCAGAGAACUAUGUAGCAUGUGGCCCGAGUUGAAGAUGGUGCAUGGGAAGCCCAGACACUCUCAAAGUCAGGGUUCCGUAGAACGUGCGAAUCAGGACGUGGAAAAUAUGCUUUGUUCGUGGCUAGAAGACAAUAGCACCAGUAAAUGGUCGGAAGGCUUACGUUUUGUACAGCUAAUGAAGAACAGAGCUCAUCAUAGUGGCAUCAACUGUACUCCGUAUGAGGCCAUGUUUGGGACAAAGUUAAAAUUUGGCCUAAAAAGUUUUUUACCCACAGACGUUCUGCAUAAUAUACAUUGUGAAGAGGACUUAGAAGUUCUAGUAAAAGAUCAGAACAAUUUACAGUCUGUAGAAGAAGGUCCACUGCAAAAUAAACCUGAAUCACAUGUGUUAGCGAAGCUACCGGGUCCAAGUCAACAUGAUGAGGAGGAAGAACUUUCUCUAGAUAGUUAUGUUCAAACUUCAACUUUGGUAGCUAAACCAAGUCCUGAUUUGCAUAAUAAAGAAUUUCAAGAAUCUUUCGGGCAUGAAGAUUCCUCGGAAGAACCCUAUGUGAAAAAAAGGAAAGCCGACAUAUUGAAAAUUAGGCAGAUAUCAGCAAACAAUCUAAAAAAACAAGCUGAAAAAAUGGUUCAAACUUCUAAUUCAAAAUACCCUGAUGCUAAAAAAGGUGAAACGGUUAGAGUUCGAGUCCCAGAUGUCGAAAGAGGUCGCACCGAUGGAAGAAAUAUUUUGGCAUUUGUUCUUGAAGUGAACUCCGGACACCUGCCGCCCUCGGGUUUCAAUAAAGCUUACCAGGGUAAGGUCGAGACGGGGAUUAAUCAUUUCUUGGUGCCUAAAACCUCGAAAAAGGAAUGUGCAGAAAUCGGGGUGGAUCCUGAUUCUGCCAUUACCAACCCAACGCCAGGUGCGGAGGAGAAAUCCGGAACCGCCCUAGGAGAGGGUACCCCCGAGGCUGCGAUCGCUGACGUCGAGAUGGAGGUUGAGAAAAUUAAUCUCACCAUCAAACGCAGGCGAAUGGCGGGAGCAGCCAACUGGCGCCUGAAACGCUUGCUGCAGUCGGGUGUCGAUUGCAAGUCGGCACUUGCGACAGUCCUGAGUGAUGGCGCCCAAAAGGCGGCAGAAAAGUAG